GAAGCAACUUGUGGUUGAGCCUAAUCUACAAAAGUUAAACUUCAGAUUGAUUGAACUCCAAAAGGAUAUAUAUUUCUUGCCAGUUUCAGGUUUGAGCACAAAACAAUCGGAAGCAUCUGUACCUAGAAGAGUCUUUGAUACUUCUUAUCACUUUGAACAAAUAAUUCACCACAUUCCUUAUCUGUGGCGUGCCACCAAGCUUCGAUAAGAUACAAUAGAGGCUAAGGACUAUGGAUAUAUCAACGACCAAUUAAAUUUGGAUUGAUAAGUGUGGCAGUUUCCAAGCCAAAAUGGAUAGAUAUGGUCUCAUAAACCCCUGAUCCAGACCUAAGAUCCCUCGAGGCUUUAGGAUCCUCUAGCUCGUGACGUUGCUUUGUAUUUCAAGUGUGUCGUAUCUCUGUCAUGUCUCCCAGCUUCGACAACAUUCACGUGAGGCUAGGGAACAUGGAUUCUCUCAUCGAGGCCUUUGAUUUUGAUCGUUUAGUUUGACAAACUGUGAGACAAAAUGUAUCCAUAUGGCCUUAGAAACCCCUGGUCUAGACCUAAGUUCCCUCGAGGUCUUCGGGUUGUUUUGCUCGUGUCCUUACUUUGUAUUUCAAGUUUGUCACUGACUCUCAUCUCCAAAGAUAAUGGACGUUCUCAACAACGAGUUCGGGUAUGGACAAAGACUGGUACGACAAGAACCAAUGAAACAGGAAUCAUAGCAAUGAUCAGUCCAACGCGAACAUCUUUGAAGGACGAAUGCCAAUGUUCACGGGCCCGUGUAUCAAGCUUUCGUAAACCGGGCCUUUGCAGUGACUGGGCCGACUCAAGGGGUCAAGGUCAACGAGUUAUCUCUUAUUCACUUUACGGAAACCUUCAAAGCUCGUAUUUCAAAGGAAUCCGACUUAAUCUCGAAGGAGUGGAACAAUUCUAUCCUGGUUACACAAUGAGACUCUAUCACAAUGCGAAUGAAUCUCAAUCAGGGUUUAAAGAGCUCUGUGACAUCUUUUGUCAGUCUAACAUCCUCGACCUGUGCAACGUGCGUCACAUUGAAGGCUACCCUGACCUUGAGAAACAGUUUGGGAUGUUGUGGAGGUUUCUUCCUCUGGCAGAUCAAAAUGUGAUUGAAUUACAUUCCCGGGAUUUGGAUUCGCGGAUUUCAGCCCGUGAAGUUGCGGCAGUUCACGAUUGGCAAUAUACCGGGAAACACUUUCAUGUGAUGCGCGACAAUCCGGCUCACACGUCUCGAAUACUAGAGACGUACCCUAACCAUGACAAACAUUUUGGGAUGAUAUGGAGAUAUCUGCCCCUAGCAGAUCCAAAUGUGGUUGAAUUCCAUUCUCGGGAUUUGGAUUCACGGAUUUCAGCCCGUGAAGUUGCGGCAGUUCGGGAUUGGCAAUCUUCCGGGAAACACUUUCAUGUGAUGCGCGACAAUCCGGCUCACUCUGCUGAUAUAUUGGGAGGUAUGUUCGGUGACCAUAUCACUGCGGAUUAUUUCAACAAGUCGCCAAGGAUGUUCGUGAAAUCAAAGGACUAUCCUUGGACAAAAAGCUUCGAUCAAAACUUGUCAAACAUAUAUGCUUGGCUUUAUGAACAAAAUGAUGUAUUGGUUUAUGACAGUUAUUUAUGCCAAACAUAUCCAAACCCAAACAAUAGACCUUGGACAAGCAAACGCAUCGAAAACGAGACAAACAAUUUUGUGGGGUCAGAUGGGCGUAUUUUGAAUGUGCAAUGUCCAAGCUUUUGCAGACCAGCCAAUCACCAAGAUUGGACCUAUUGUUUAAAAGUGCGUUGAUUGAGCAAGCAGUAUUUUUGCCGAAUAUUUCAAUCAUGCAUUUGUGAUCUACGGACCAAACCUGCAAAUUGUAAAUGCUCGUAUAAAUGUUUUACUCUUGAAAACAUCGUAUUUUUUUCUUACAAUUAAUCGUAAAGGUUUCUAAAGUGAUAUCAAUCUCGUUGGUAACCCUGUCUCUAUCUUUGUUUGCACUACUACUAGUUGCAACUACCUACAACCUAGAGUACAACUAAACCUGCAAAAUAUUGAGUAUAAAUACAGUGAUCAC